CCAUCCGCAUGAUAAAAGUUUUAACUAGUGGGGACCUCGUUAAAGCAACACCGUGCCACUGAAACAAUGCUUUUAUACCAGAAACCCACCCACCCGGCAGCUCUAGGAAGUCGGGAAAGAGCCAUGGAAGGGAAACUAUCUUCCGUUGCAAAGAAGUUUGCUCCUUCUCCUAUACAAGAACUCUCACACCUUGCUCAGAGAUGCAACGCCAUUAACCUUGCUGAGGGCUUCCCUGACUUCCCUGCUCCUCCUCAUAUCAAAGAUGCUGCCGUUUCAGCCAUUAAUUCUGACUUCAACCAGUACAGGCACGUGCAAGGAAUUUGUGAUCAGUUGGCUUUUAUAAUGAAGAGAACGCAUGGUUUAAACGUUGACCCUUUGACGGAUGUAGCUAUUUGCUGUGGACAAACUGAGGCAUUUGCAGCAGCAAUUUUUGCCGUUAUAGACCGGGGAGAUGAAGUUGUGCUGUUUGACCCUUGUUAUGAAACAUAUGAAGGAUGCAUAACCAUGGCUGGAGGAAUUCCUGUAUAUGUGGCACUUGAUCCACCUCAAUGGACCUUGGACCCUGACAAAUUGAUGAAGUCUUUCACUAGUAAAACAAAGGCUAUAGUAUUAAACAGUCCUCACAACCCAACUGGCAAAGUUUUCUCCAGAGAAGAGCUUGAAGUUAUUGCUGAAGCUUGUGGCAAAUGGGAUUGCCUGGCUAUAACAGAUGAAGUGUAUGAGUACAUAACAUUCAACAAUCAAAAGCACGUGUCCAUUGCCACACUUCCAGGAAUGCAGGAGCGGACUAUUAUCACAUCCUCCUUGUCUAAAACCUUUAGUGUUACAGGAUGGAGAAUUGGAUGGGCUAUUGCUCCAGCUUCUGCUGCAUCUGCAAUUCGAAACAUUCAUGUCAAAAUUACAGAUUCUGCUCCAGCACCUUUCCAGGAAGCUGCCUUAACUGCUUUGAGAAGCCCCUCUGAAUACUUUGAAAUACUGAGAAGACAGGAAUAUCAAUUAAAAAGAGAUGUCAGUGUGAAGUUGCUCACUUCAGUUGGUUUUCGAAUUCAGUUCCAGCCUCAGGGUUCCUUCUUUCUGUUUGCAGAGCUUCCUAAGAAUUGCUUGCUUUCUGAUGUAGAAUAUGUGAAGGAAUUAAUAAAACAAGCAGGGGUGGUUGUUGUACCAGGACGUGGAUUUUUCCACACAGAGUCUUCCUUGGAUCAACCAUCCGAGGAAAAUUGCAGCUAUCAAAAGAGAUAUAUCAGGGUUGCAUUCUGCAAAAGUGAUGCCACUUUGACAACUGCAGCGCAAAAGUUUGGUGAGCUUAUGAAUGCUGGAGGUUGUCCCAAGCUACACUAUUAGAAAAGAUACUGAUUUCACAUUUGGUGGAUUUAAUGGUGGCCCAAUGUAUCUGUAAUGAAAAUUCACUGAAUAAACAAUUCUGCAAAUUGUAUCUAAUCAAGGAAAUUUUGGCAAGAGUAUUAAGACAUUUUUGAAA